AUGGCUAAAGAAAGACAAAUAGUGAUUAUAACAUCCGAUGGGGAUAAGUUUCCAGUCGAGAGAAAGGUGGCUGAAAAAUCCAUACUUAUAAAAAACAUGUUGAAGAACUUGUUGCCACCUGAAGAUGAGCAGGAAGACGAUGAUAGUGAUGUGGAUGUGGACGAGGAUGAUGAGCCAAUCGAAAUUCCUACACAGAAUGUGAGGUCUGCGGUGAUGAAGAACAUUCUGGAAUGGUGUGAGCAUUACAAGGAUUACGAAUUUCCAGAUGACGAGCAGGAUGAUGAUUCCAAGAAAUCAGCACCAAUCGAUCCAUGGGACAGCAAUUUCCUCAAUGUUGACCAGGAGAUGCUUUAUGAAAUCAUCCUCGCUGCAAACUACUUGAACAUCAAGCCCCUCCUUAAUGCUGGAUGUAAAGUUGUUGCUGAGAUGAUACGUGGGAAAUCGCCGGAGGAGAUCAGAAAGACGUUUAAUAUAGUCAAUGACUUCACUCCAGAGGAGGAGGCUGCCAUAAGGAGAGAAAACGAGUGGGCUGAAGACCCUUCAGCAGCCGGCUUACCCCAGAUAUUCAAGUCUGUCGACCACUUUGCAUUUCCCAUAAGGUUAAAAAAGCUUACACUACGAAUUCUAGCUAGCAAUCCAUACCAUAGACACACUGAAGGCCACUUGAUCGAGCCGUACAAAAGUGUUCCAAUGGUAUCCAAGAAGUCGCGAUCACGUGCUGGAAGUGUCAAGUUUGUGAGACACCGGUCUCUUCAUGCAGAUAAGGUGUGUAAUAAGUCGUUUCCGAAAUUGACAGGCAACAUUAAAACAAAGCUGGCGAGUAGAUCCCAUUCAAGGCCAAAGCCACGUCCACUCUCGCUGAAUUCAUAUGGACCUGAGCGUGAUCUCAUUUCCGAAACGAAGGCAAAGCACAGACAAUCUAGCAGUAGCAUUCCAAUGGAGCAACUUUCCAAAAGAAGACAUAUUGAUGGCCAGGAGUCCAGUUUGGCUCAAACCCAAGCCACAAAGUCGGAAGCAUCGCUUGAUCCCUCAAGUCAGGAAAAGAUCAGUGGGAAGAGCAUGUACAAAUUACCAGAUACGCAUUCUUCAACGUCAUUUGUGGCCUUAAGUAAGCCGCAGGCAGCAUUCAAAAAUCCAUCAUCUUCCAGUGCCAGCUUGUUGGCAGCCAAGAAAUCCAACUUGAGUGUUGAUUCUGACGAUGGGAUCGAGGUGCACGGAAAUGUCACGCUUAAAAAUGCAAGCACAAACAACUAUGCCACAUUGGAUUUGUCUCCGGUUGUUUCCGGAAGGCCAAUCAAGUUCAGUCCGAUUUCAAAAAAGCACAGGCUCCCGCGUAGGUUGCAUCUCCACUUGAGAACCGGGGCGGAAUCCGAAAGAAAGGCUUCUGCCAGUUCAAGCAUCCAGAAUUCGAUAUCUAAUUCAUCUUGGUUCAGCUCUGAUCCCAAUGGUCCAGUUGAUGAGUCCACCAUCGGUGCAGAAAAGAGCUUUCCAAGCCCAAUUUCAGCAUCUGGGGCCCAGCAGUCGCUUCAUCCCUCUGCCACAAAACGAAAAUCUAACGGACUCAUUUCCUCACUUAUCAAUUCGCUCAGUUUCAGGUCGCAACCCGAGUCUAAUGACCAUAUAGACUCGCCAGUUUUAUCGCUAGCGGAUCUUCCGAAGUCCGACGAGUUGCUAACACCCGUGCACUCGCAGCAGAAUUCUGAUGUUCUGGCAUCACCAUCUGCCGAGUCUGUGUCUUUUAAGCCUGUAAAAAAGUCCCUGGUGAGCACUUUGGGGCAAGGAGGGCUCACAUUGGAGUCAAUAAUGGCCGAUAAAUCUCCAUCUCUGCACGAAAAACAAGACGGUGUAUUCAAUGACUAUGUUGAAAGUCCCAAGUCGGAUGGAAUCGUUCAGUCUUUAGAUGAAGAUACCAUUUCGGAAGAUUCCAUGCUUUCUUCUUCCGGUGCAAGAGUUAGCGGACAGUUUAGACGGCGGCAAAAUCGCAAUUAUAGAUCUGUGACAGAGUCAAAACCGGGAAGUCCCAUGAGUAUCAAAAUGGGGCAUCUCAAUUCUGGAAUCAACGGCAGUCUCUCGAAAGCAUUUCAAAAGCCGUGCAUGAGUAUAAAGAAUCCUCUCCAUGGUGUUCGAGGAAGAAGCAAGACUGUUUCUGCUGGCGAAAAAAUCAAAAACGACUCGGAUUCGCAGUUUGGAGCAGAUACAAGCGCUCCUAUGGUAAAAAGGCCAUCUGAGAUGACUAUAGAUGAGGAUAGCGAGCUGACAAAGUACAACAGCUCGAACAAGGAUGAAUCCAGUGUUAGUCUUCAGUACCCGAAGAAGACUGUCGAUAUGGCUUCGAGGCUAGGUUUGAAGUUUGCCAACGAGAAAAGACAGAGCUACUUUCACGGGUUAUUCACCGAAAUCCCGGAUAACGAGCCUCUAUUUGAGGAUUAUUCGUGUGCGUUGAGAAAGGACAUUCUUGUGCAGGGACGCUUGUUUAUAAGCAGUAAGCACAUGGCCUUCUACUCUAAUAUAAUAGGUCUUGUCACGCACAUUUGCGUUCCUUGGAAUAAGGUUCUAAGUAUCCAAAAGAAGAAAACCGUCGGAAUUCCCAACGCUUUGCAGUUCAGCACUUUGCACGAUAAGUACUCGUUUGCCAGUUUCAUGUCUCGGGACUCGACUUACAAGUUCAUCUACAAGAUUUGGACUAAUGGCACAUCUAAGCCCUUAGCCGGAAGUAUGGAUACACUGGAUAUCAACUUGGAUCCAGAGGUAGAGAGUCAAGACGAUGACAGUGAUCUUAAUGAGCCGGAUGAAGAAAAUACAGAGGAUGGUGAAAUGUUGAAUUUUGUGGAGGGAGCAAAGAUAAAGAAUGCGGAUCAAACAAGAAAGCUAUCCAAGAGUAAGAAUGGAAACGCUGGUGAGGAAAUCGGGGAUCUUGCACAUGAUGAAGGUUAUGACACGGAUUCGAGUGUCUCUGAUCCAGAAAACAUGGUUAGUGAUAUGGCUGACAGUGAAAAUGACUUGGAGAAGAAUAAGAAAGGCUUCAACGGCCUUACAUUAUCCGGACCAAGGCACCAUUCGCCAACUUCAACUGGAUAUACUGCAGAAAGCAAUGAGUCGCCGAUUUCCGAGGGCAAUGUAAUAAAUGCACCGGUUGGUGUAGUCUUUGAGCUUCUGUUUGGAGACGAUGUUACCUUUACUAAAGAUGUACUCAAAGCGCAGGGGAACAUUGAUAUAUCGGAUGUACCCAAAUUUGCCGAUGGAACUAGAACAUACACAUUUACAAAGCCUUUGAACGGACCUAUUGGACCAAAGCAGACCAAAUGCCACAUUACAGAAAAAAUCGAAAAGAAGGAUUUUGACACUUGCAUUAUUGUAAGCCAAACUUCGGAGACACCGGAUGUUCCGAGUGGGAACUCCUUUCAAAUCAGGACGCGAUCUUUCCUUUCGUGGGGUUCGAACGAUACUACAAUACUUUCAGUUUAUGCCAGUGUGGUUUGGACAGGAAAAUCAUGGAUUAAGAGUGCUGUUGAGAAAGGUUCUGUUUCCGGUCAAAAGCAAAGUGUUGCUGUUUUGUUACAGGAACUCAGGAAGAAGGUCCAAGAUGCAGGAAAGGAAAAGUCGAAACGUAAAUCGACAUCCACCAAAAAGCGUGUUGCGGAGAAACAGAUUCUUGAAGUGGUUAAACCAUUAGAAGCAGGGCCAAAGCCGGUGGCUAGCUCAGGAUUCAUGUCUUGGAUACCUGGUCUUUCAACAAUCCUUGAAGUCAAGUUUGAUCUCAAGACUGUCUUGAUCAUUGUGCUCUUUGUAAUACUGCUAUUCGGAAGAUCACGUCCUACAACACAGCUUGGAUACUCCAUAGACAAUCUAACAGGCGACAUUCAGUAUUCUGGAUUUCCUUUGACUUCUUCUUUUCAAGUCAACGGAGUUGGUUCCAGGCGUUUUCUUCAAAGUGAAGCCGAUCUUUGGGACUGGAUCGACGAACGGCAUAAAAAGGUGUCCUUACAAGAUCAAAUUAAUGAUUCAACCGGUGAACAUUCUCCUGUUAGCCUGAAACAUGGCAAAAUUCAACCCUCGGCUCCAUCUGACAAAAGAUUUGACGGUAGUCUUGACAGUGUGGAACAGAUUGGAUCAAAACUUAAGAGCCAGGAGCUCGAAAGUAUCGUUGAGAUGAUGGAGAAAAGACUUGAAAUCCUGAAGCAACAAGCUCAGAUUGCUCAGGAUCGUGAAAGUGCCGAUGCCAUUUAA